AUUUCGAAACGCGGGUCGAGGGAACGGGAUCGGAAUUUUGGAAAAUUUCCUUACGGUUCCCGCCUCGACGAAAUCAAGAACCCUAAUUUCCUCACUCUCACUGGAAAUAUUCUAAUCUCCACCAAUCUACCAAGCAGAUCCUGCAGAAUUAGCCACCGACGGAUGCUUUUGAUCCCUAGAUGACCGGAAAUAGCUGCGAAGUAGGUUCCAAGGAAGCCCGCCCUGCUUUGUGUGAUAUGACUAAUCUUCCAAGCAAAAGGGGAAUUUCUUCGAUGUUGGGUGAUUAUCUAUUGAAAUCUGGAGAUGAGUCUGGUAAGAAUGUCGUGCGUGAAGAUCAGGGGGUAAAGUUUUCAAAGAGGUUAUGUUUAGUUGUAGAGGAUUUGGUUAAGGAGAAUUCUAGGGGUAGUGAUAGCAAAGCUGGGUCCUCUUCUUUUGAAGAUAAGAGCAGUUCUGGUGGCUCUCCCUUAAAUGGUGGUUCUGUAAAUAUUGAACUUGUUGCUGGAAAAGAUCCUGGGGAUUCUAAGGAUGCAUCAGAUGCGUUAGAUGUGGCUGGUGUUCAAUCUUUCAAAGGUGAUUCUGAUGACGCUGCAGUAGAGAUUACCGGUGGUGAUGGUCAUGAAUUGAAGGAGAGCUGCAUAUCUAGUAGUUCUGUGCAGGUGUCUUUAGAAAAUGUUGAGAAGAAAGAUCAUGGGCCGGCAUCAAAUGUGGCCUCUAAUGCAAAAAAAUGUACAGAGGGAGAGGGGUUGCCUAAUUCCCAAAACUGCAGAUCAUUUGAAAUGGGUAGAUGUUCAACCGUCGACAGGAUGGAGCAUGUGAAUCACGAUAUGGGAACUGACAUGUUAAAAUCUUGCACCUGUUCGUUUUGCCUGAAAGCUGCAUAUAUCUGGUCGGAUCUUCAUUACCAGGAUAUCAAAGGCAGGUUAUCUGUGUUGAAGAAGAGUCAGAAAGAAGCUAGUAACUUGAUUCAAAGGAAUUCCAGAGGAAAGCCAAUCGAUUUUCAUGGCUCAGCAAACUCCACUAGUUCCGCAAAACUGGAAUCUGAUCUCAUGUCUCAAUGGAGAUCGCUCUUUCUUAACAUGGGCGAUAUCCUUUCACGCGAAAGUAACCACCUUCAAAAGAGCUUCGUUACCAUGAAAGAGUUGCGGGAUAACUGCAAGAUGGAUCUGGAGAGAUCGACAAAAACGCCUCAACACUAGAUCCAGCCAUCUUUACUGCUCCGAGACUGUAAGAUCUCAUCAUUGUCUUGUCUCUUACUUUCAAGUAGCCUUAACCUUGUGCCACGAUGCAUGUAUAGAUGCAUGAGACCUAUGUGUGUAUGUAAUUCUCAUUGUCAUAUGGUUUUCUCGUGAUCUCUCGAGUGCUAUAGAUGUGUUUGUUUCAUC